GAAGAGCAAGAACGGCUCGCAGCGGAGGAGGAGGCGAGAAGGCAGAAGGCUGCAGAAGAGGAGGCGGCCGCGCGGGUUGAGCAGAGAAUAGCUCGCCUGACCGCUUUCGAAAAGGAACACCCUGUCCCUGAGGCUGGGUUGCCACAAGCAACUGUGCGUUUCCGAGCAGCCAGUGGGGCCACUAUUCAACGUGCUUUCUCCGAAAGCACGGAGGUUUCUGCCUUGUUCGAGUUUGUUGCCGUGGCGGAGUGGGAUGGCCCAACUUUGGGCCGGCGAUUUGAUCUCAGGACUUCUUUCCCAGUGACGAACUUGCAGGGCAAGGAGUCACAAACGCUCAGGCAGCACAGAAGCCGGAGAACAACUGGGCACUUGUUUCCAAGAUAUGGAGAAAAAACAGGCAAGAGGUUUUCAGCAGUGAACAUGAAGCCAGCUAUUCAAAAAGAGUGGUUAUCGGCUUUGCUCAAUUCUUGA